GUCAUAAUUAUAUACCGUCGUCUGUUUUUACCCACUUCCUCGCCCGCGAUCUUCUGUAACGCGAACGAACGCAUCGGGCCAGCGGCGGCUGUGACCAGCCAGGCAUCCAGGUACCAAUUGUCAUCUUUCGACUCCAAUUAUAUUCACUUACGUGACUAGUUUUGGAUUCUUAGAUUUCUUUUAUGGAAAUUGCUUCAAGAACUAUAGCUUCUGCUUUAAGACGUCUUUAUGCUAGAAAAACACAGAACAACAGAAUCGUGAAGGGAUAAUCUAUUGAAGAGUAAUGUAACACCAGGACAACAAUUGGGACACUGGCACAUUAUUUACAAAGACCAACCAGAAAAUUUGAUGAAAUGAGAUUUCCAAAGCGGUAUGCUAUUAUUUUAUUGACCUUCAUCUGCACAAGUGUAUGCUACAUUGAGCGCAUCGGAUUCUCAAUUGCUUAUACGGCGGCUGCAGAUGCAAUCGGUGUGAAUCAAUCAAGCAAGGGCCUGAUACUUUCGACAUUCUAUUAUGGAUACGUCGUGUCACAAGUGCCUGGAGGUUGGGCUGCACAGUACAUUGGAGGAAGACGUGUUCUGCUUCUUUCGUUUGUGCUGUGGUCACUAACGUGUGCUUUGGUCCCAUUAGAUGCAAACAGAAUGUAUAUAAUGGUGCUCUCCCGCUUGCUCGUAGGGGUGGCACAAGGUUUUAUAUUUCCGUCCAUUCACACAAUUCUAGCACAAUGGGUCCCUCCGCAUGAGCGCUCUCGUUCUGUGUCUCUUACUACUUCAGGGAUGUACCUAGGAGCAGCCGGUGGUAUGCUCCUACUACCGAGUUUGGUGAAAUACGGUGGGGCCCAGUCAGUUUUUCUGGUUGAAGCAUCCUUGGGUGUCACAUGGUCCGUUAUGUGGUUCAGGUUUGCUAGCGACCCACUUCGUUCUGAGCAUCCGAAAGCCAUUGCUGCUGGUUUUGGAGAUUCCAUGUUACCAGUUUCAACUCUAAAAGAGAAGAGAAUCCCGAGCGCUGGAAGCAUACGGUCCCUCGGUAAAAUCCCAUGGAAGAGAAUGAUAUUCAGCUUACCAGUCUGGGCAAUUGUGGUCAACAACUUCACUUUCCACUAUGCGCUCUAUGUUCUUAUGAACUGGUUGCCAACAUACUUUGAACUGGGCCUUCAGCUCAGUCUUCAGGAGAUGGGAUCCUCCAAAAUGAUGCCAUAUCUAAACAUGUUCAUAUUUUCAAACAUAGGUGGAGUGUUAGCCGAUUAUUUGAUUACGAGAAGGAUCUUUUCGGUCACCAAGACACGUAAACUUCUCAACACCGUAGGUUUUAUCGUUUCUGCCCUUGCUCUAAUGGCCCUUCCAUCAUUUAGAAAUUCCAGAGGAACCGUGCUCUGCUCCUCGGUUUCUCUUGGUUUCUUAGCACUCGGGAGAGCUGGAUUUGCGGUAAACCACAUGGAUGUGGCUCCAAGAUACGCAGGAAUUGUCAUGGGAAUUUCCAACACUGCUGGGACCUUGGCUGGUAUCGUUGGUGUCGGACUCACAGGAAGGAUUCUAGAGGCAGCAAAGAAAGACGAUGUGGAUCUUUCAAGCUCCGAAAGUUGGAGAAGUGUGUUCUUUAUUCCAGGUUAUCUCUGCAUAAUUAGUUCUCUCAUAUUUUUAAUAUUUGCAACGGGGGAAAAAAUUUUCGAGUAACAAACCACUCCCGAUCCAUUUCCUGAAGUUACAUUUUUUAGACUACUCGAUAUCAAAAUAAUGUCGAAUACUGUUAGCUAACAGCAUUACAAAGAGGGAAUCUGUGGAAUACCGGGUAUGUAUAACUGUUCACAUCAUCAUUUGUUCUGUUAUAUUUCUAGUCAUGUCAGUUGAAUUAGUUGAGCUCA